GAAUCUGCCGAAGAUCCAGCCGCAUUUCUUUGUGCGGCUUCUGCUGCCGGAUGGUUUGUUCAGUAUGGCCCACGGACUUUGAUGUCUGCUUCGAUGCUUGAGGUUCUACCUUUGCUUUGAUGCGCUUUCGUUUCCUCUCCGCUUCCUCUUCACUCCGCUCCGCUUCCUUUCGACAUCUUCGGAUCUCGCUGCUUCGUAGAACCCAUGGUUUUUCAAGAACCUCGGACUUGAAUUUGACCCUUUUUUCCCAGAGAGCAACCUCUUGCGCAGUGCCUCGUACCUUGGUCAUCUUUUCAAUGGUGAGUUGUCGCUCGUCUCUGAAAGUAGAUAGGCCUCCCUUAACGUCGACAACGCAUCCGACAUCGAUAUUUGGGAAUGGGUCUGGGAUUUGAGGCGGGUCAAUAUCCGCUUUCUUUGGAACAGCAUCUCCUGUUGUCGCGCGAUUCUCGUCUCCACCAGAGAUUGGUAUGGAAAUAAUGCACUCGAUGCAUGCGCCGCUACUAUCGUCUAUUGUAUACACGCGUCGGCUUGCGAAUUCGUCAAUGGCGACGACUAAUCCGACUAUGCGCACCCAUUUGAUGGGCAGAUUCCUAUAGAAGUAGAAGUUUUCGCCUAGAAUUCGUCAGUCCAGAACAGAGUGAAGUAUUUGACAGCCUAGACGUACCUUCAAACCCUUCGUACUGGCCAAGGUCAUGGAUAUCGGUUACACGAAAGAGGCACCAUUGGUUCACUGUGGGCGCAAGAUGAAAGCAAUACCGAGGAUAUAUUGGGGGCUUGGCGGAUUCGCUCAUGGCAUCAUGAUAGCACUCUUCUUCAGAUGGAGACUAAACCAUCAUUAAGCACUGCCAUGCAGAAUCGCGCUCUUGCGUAUCUUGUCGUGGUGACGCGUUUGAGAGGACGUUAAAUAAGUGAAGUGAGACCUGGCGAUAUUCACGGUGGCUUGAGAAGCCCCACCAUAGCUUAGUGGACAAAAAGACUGGCCCGUGACAACGUCACGGCAUCAUUGCAUACGGUAUUGGUGAGGUCAUUGAAUUGCUGGGAAUACUUGCCGCAACAAGACUGGGUAUUUAUGUAGAACUGAUCAACAGUUAGAAGUUUUGCAAGGGAGCUUGCUUUGCAGAUAUGAGGUCUGAGGUUCGUUAGAACAAGUCUGGUUUAUGUCUGUUUGUCUCAUUGUGUCCAUGACUUUUAUACUACCUUCAUUGACCGAGGACUGACUUUCCUUCUUGUUGAAAGAAAGUCACCGGAAACCAAGCUAUACUCUGUAGUCUACUUGCAAACUUAACAUGAAUCGUUCAAUUCUUCUCAGUCUCUAAAUUCUCUUCUUGUCCUAGUAGUGCAUCCUUGCCUUAACCUAAGGUACGCCCAAACACCAAAAUUCUUGACCCAACAGCCAUAUUAACGCAAUCCGAUAUUGUUAUCUCCCGGUAGUCUACCGUUUCGACCUCUUCGAACCCUUCAGACGAGAAGCAGCCGCCUGGAAAGCCUCUUCUGACGGCUCAUCCUCAACAGGUCGCUUCUUACCUUUCUUGCCCUUGCCCUUGCUCUCUUUGGCACCAUACUUUUCGGCGAGAUGGUCUAGGAAGCUCUCUGAGCGAUCUUGCUGUCUCUUUUGUAUCAGUGCUGCCAGGUCGUCCUCCGAGUUUCCCUUACCCUUCUUCUUCUUGCCCUUUUUGUCGCCGCCGAAGAGUUUGUCGUGUACACCUAGCUCCUUUGCGUAAUCUUCAGCCUCUGUAGCUUCGGCCCGGGCCUGCUUCACACGACCCUCUCGCUUCUUCUUCGACUCUUUUGUGUAGGCCGGGAAGCUAGGCACUUUCUUGCUCUUGAUAGCCGUGUCGAUGAUCUCACGGAAGCGUUCGUCGUCCUCCAAAACGUCACUAAGAAUGACUCUCUCGUACAGCGCAUCCAUAUCGCCUUGGCACUGUUCGUACGCAUCGAGAACAUCUCCCUUCUCUUCAUCAGAGCCUUUGUACUUCUUGGAAAACUUCUCGAUUGCAUCGCCCGACACAGACUCUUUAUAUUGCUCUCGAUAGUAGUCGCUCCAGUUGAAUCCUUCUGAGUCUACAAUCGAUUCGGAGGUCGAGCCAGUCUCGUCGUACCGUUUGCGACGGGCAGGAUCGGAGAGGAUGGCGUAGGCGAACGCGAUAGCUUGGAACUUCUCGUGUGCGGCGUCUUUUUGAUCUUGUGGCACCUUAUCUGAAGAGCCGUAGGGUCAGCAGUGCUCAUCUCUGUUGUUACCGAAUUGACAAACCUGGGUGGUUCUUAAGCGCAGCCUUUCGAUAGGAUUUCUUGAUGUCAUCGCUCGUCGCAGUCCUUUCGAGGCUCAAAACCUCAUAUGGGUCAAUAGUGGGAGGUUCGCUCUCCAGUGCGUCUUCGUGGUCCGACAUCGUAUUGAUAUCGUCGAUUUUGGUUGAUCAUGUACGGAUAAUGGGUAGCAAGUUGGAUUAAGCUCGAGCUGGGAAACGCGUUGCAACGCGCUCACGAGUAAAGUGUGGGGCCAAUGCUAAAGUACUCUCGGCGAUCGGAGUUUACAACCGCCGACCGUUCAAGAUGGAUCAUGGCUCCCGCAUCUGGACAUCUCGUUAUACCUCAUCCGUGCAUGCCUCACAUUAAACGAUAUGACUACCAUAGAACCUGGAAACCACAAGGCCGCAAUGGGGCGUGCCUUAGGCUUGGCCAGAAGUUCCCCUCCCAAGCCCACCAACUUUCGUGUGGGAGCUCUAAUUGUGCGGCUUAGCGACAACAGCAUCAUUGCCGAAGGAUACACUCUUGAACUUCCCGGGAACACCCAUGCAGAAGAGACAUGUCUAUUGAAGCUGGCUGAGCAGCAUGGAACGACAGAGGAGAAGCUAUCAGAUGUGUUCAACACCCCCCAUGCUCUAUACACCACUGUUGAACCCUGUUUCAAGCGGCUGAGCGGCAAACUCCCCUGCGUCGAAAGAGUCUUGCGCCAAAAGUCAUGGAUCAAGCAGGUCUAUGUUGGCGUUCAGGAGCCUGAGACUUUUGUUGGGGAGAAUACAGGUCGCAAAACGCUCGAAGAUGCCGGUAUUGAGAUCCAUCAUGUCUCAGGCUUGGAAGAUGAGAUUCUCAAGGUUGCGACUGCAGGGCAUAUCAAAUCAUGAACUAAGUUGUUCGUUUGAGAUCAAAUUGCUCAUUCAUGGGAGUUAACGAGUAAAGGACAGUACUGUGGCAUAUUGGAUAAAUUCGUCAGUUGGAUCUGAGAUGAAGUGAAGGAGAUGAAAUCUGUAGUUUAGUUCUAUCGUCAGUAUUCAGCGUUGAUAUAUGCUACGCUGCUCUAAAGGGAUGUACUCCCUGGCAUGCUCUUUGCGAUGUAUCAGUUGAUACAUCAAAGUCAGGAGCUUAGCUAUCAAACUUGCCGCAUUGCAUUUCGCCAAUCAUUAGUUGAUUUAUGCAUUUCAAUGUCAGCCACGAUAGUACCGAUCUAUCCUGAUCGGCUCGCGUUGAGUUCCGCCAACAGACCCCUUGUACCAUGGUAUGCUUGUGGUUGCCACGUAGCACACCGGUGAUCCAUAUGUGCAACGUUGACCAAGAUGCUUCCGUCCCUUGUCUUUGAUAUCGACCUCAUAUGUGUACAUUUGUAUCCCUGAAUGUACUGUAUUGCGGCUACGAGAAGCACAGAUGAUGCCUUCACACGACUGAACCACCAAACUACCAUCUAUUGAACAUUGACAUCUAGUUGUUGGGACUGCCUUCCACACAGAUAUUUCAAAGCCUAUCAAUAUCCCUUGAUGAGUAUGGGUCAAAACGCAGAAUACAGCCAGCUGUCAAAUCUUCUCAGGGCACUUCCUCGAGGUUGGGAAGUUGAACAUCCAGUUUCUCCCAGGGUCUUUUGGUCACUGCUUACUACUGCGCCCACAGGCAUUUUCUAUAUCACAAAUCUAAAUGCGACAAGCGAUAUUUACAUGGCGCACUUUGGUGGUGUGUGAGAAGUUGAGAGUGGUAUUAAGAUACACUUGAACUUGGGCGUCAAAAUGACCAAAACGAAGAAUUUACGCCCUAGCUACCGACCCUUGUCUCUUCCUCUUCGAUGCGAUCUCUUUUCACCACUUCCAUGCUCCUCUCUGACCUCAACACAUGUGACUUGGCACUCAGAGCAGAGUGCCGUAGGAACCAGGAGGGUGUGCCAUGUAAAAUAUUGGCAGCUGGGCUUGAGGUAUCGGUUGAGAACCUGCUCUGGGGGUCCGUUCGCAAUCCACCAUUCGCAUAUGUCCCAGGCAAUUGUAUCUAUUUCGAUUUUGCAUACAUGCCCCUGGGUGAUAAGUCUGUGAGGAACUAUCCCUUUCUUGGGGCAGUGGGAGCGUCUGCAGGGGCAGAUGUAGAAGCCGCGUUGACCAGUGCACAUGGUAUUUCUUAGGUUGUUUGGUGCUAUUCCCACUCCCGGGGCUUUUGAAGUAUGAGAUUGUUGGUACCUUGAUUUGUUCUAUAUGUACUUGGAUCAUAAGAAGAGUCUUGAGGUGGUUAAUGGGGCUGUUCCUAGGCUGCCCGUUUGUUGAAGUUUGGCUGUGUCUAUCCGACCUGUCGGUUUGAAAAAACAUGCACUGACAUGAUGGACGACAUGGCGACUAUUUACAUUGAUCAAAAUGCGGUUGAACAUGAUGAUAGAUUCCAGUAUGUUUUGCUUGGAGUUUAGAAUUAUGCGGGAAGCCGAGCAUUGCUCCAGCUGUAAUCGGUGUAGGAUACCGAGAAUAAGGAGCUCAAUACAUAGGUCCUUGCUGAGAAUGGCAGUGUUGUCAAAGUCUAAGAUUCUGAGGUCUUCAACAGAGCAAUGGAGAAUCAUUUCGGUUCUGGGUUUCAUGAUAUAGUUCAAGUUACACAGCACAUAUAUGCAAGCUGCAGGCUAACAUAGGCAGCGGCUCGGCAUAAGGCAACCUAGCAAUGCAUGAGGUUCAG